AUGGCAUCUAGUUGCAAAAAGAGGAGAUUUCGGGAUCCUCAACGCGCGGAAAGAAGCAUUGACAACGUGCGAAAUGCUAUUCCACAAACAACGCGUUAUAAAAAUCGUUGGGGAGUUCGUAUAUUUGAAAAUUGGCAAAGUGGGCGAGAAAAUAAAGCAGUCAUGUGUGAGAGCAAUCCUUUCAGCUUAGAUUUGCAGAAUUUGCAAAAUUUGGAGACAGAAUUGUGUUCAAUGACCGCAAGAACGUUAAACUUCUGGCUUAUCAAAUUUGUUCAAGAAGUUUGCGACAAGGAUGGCAAGCCAUCUCCCGGGCGUACAGUAUACCAAAUUAUAUGCUCGUUGAAACGACAUCUAGACGAAAAUGGCCGGGCUGAAGCUAACAUGUUAAAUGCUAACAAUCACUGGUAGGUUGAAUUUGUUCAUUUUUAAUUAAUGGUUUAGUUUAAUUUAUUGUAAUAUGAGCAUGUUUAUUACUCAGUUUCCAGACGUUCAGAAGAGUGCUGGAUAGUGAAAUGAAAGCCACCCACUGGGAAGGCGAAUCGCUUGCCGAGAAUCGUACAAGACGAGAGAAAGAAGCUAUUACAGAUGAUGAAGAAGGUUUGCUGUGGUCAGAAGGCUUGCUGGGAGACAAAACUGUUCAAAGUUUGGUUUACACAAUUUAUUUCUAUAUCGGAAAAAUAUUCGGAUUAAGAGCAUGUGAACACAGACAGUUAAGAUUAAGCAACCCUGUCAUAGAGAACAACAAAAUUUGUUAUCGAGAAAACAUUUCGAAAACGUUUCAUGGAGGAUUGAAAGAUUUAAAGAAGAAACCUAGAAUUGUGACUCAUUAUUGUCACGAGGAUGAGGAAAGUGUGCAUGAACCAUGUCUGGUUCAAAUGUUUCAGCAGUACAUUUCCUUGGUCAGCGAGUUACCGAAAAUUAAUGAAUCAUUCUAUUUUCGACCGAGCAAAACAGCGUAUAAAUUCGAAAAUGCACCAGUUG